CCAAGCAUUGAAACAGGGUGUGGUUCUGAAACUAGGUCUGUAGUAGUGCCCCGGGGUUUAAAUUGAAGAGUUGAGUGAUCCCAGUCCCAUAGUUGUCAUAGCUGGACUCUCGCUUCACCUCUCUUUUGCUUCCUUUCCUAUCUCUUACAUGUGAAACUUUCAACUCUUGUUGGAUUUCCAGUGAAAAAUCUCAGACAAUUGAGGACCCACCCACGGAACAAGUUUUGCAUACUGGUUUUUCACCUGAUCACCUCUCACUGGUGCUGCUGAUCUGUCUGAUUCUCUGGAUUGAGAGCUGCCUGCCCUGGCUGUGCAGCUGCUUUCUUCACACACAGGACUGAGCCGUGGUUUAAUAGGACAAGGAACAAGGAGCAACCAUGGUGCUAGAAGUUGCAUCAAAUGCUUUAGCAAAAUUUUACAAAUUUGUAGACAUGAGGACUGAUGACCGAAUCAAAGACUACAUCCUGAUGCAGAGCCCCAUACUGAUGACCACCAUCCUGGUGGCCUACGUCUUCUUCUCAAAGUAUGUUGGACCUCAGGUGAUGGCGAACCGCAAGCCCCUCCGCCUCAACAAAACCAUGAUUGUCUACAACUUCACCAUGGUUUCAUUCAACGGCUAUAUAGUCUACGAGUUCUUGUUGUCUGGAUGGGGCACCACCUACACGUGGAGAUGUGAUCUCGUCGACACCUCAAGCAGCCCAGAGACUUUUCGGAUGAUUCGAGCGUGUUGGUUGUUUUAUAUUUCAAAAUACUUCGAACUCCUUGACACAGUAUUCUUUGUGCUGAGGAAGAAACAAAGCCAGAUCACAUUUCUCCACGUAUUCCAUCACUCCUUCAUGCCCUGGUCGUGGUGGUGGGGCAUUACCCUGACUCCCGCUGGAGGAAUGGGCUGCUUCCACGCCAUGGUGAAUGCAGCCGUCCACGUCAUCAUGUACUUCUAUUACCUGCUCUCUGCUGCAGGACCUCGCUUCCAGAAAUUCCUGUGGUGGAAGAAAUACAUGACCGCCAUUCAGCUUACCCAGUUUGUUCUGGUCUCCGCUCACAUCAGCCAGUACUACUUCAUGGAAAAGUGCGACUACCAGGUUCCCAUGUGGAUCCACCUGAUUUGGAUGCACGGCGUCUGCUUCAUCAUCCUCUUCUCCAACUUUUGGAUACAGGCCUACAUAAAGGGAAAGCAUCUUCCCGCCGCAGAGGACAAGCCGAAGCAGAACGGCUCAACCAGUGAACCCAUCGCUGUGGUGGCCAACGGGAAACACCUGGAGAAUGGGAACGGACACCAACACACCAACGGCAAAAUCCUCUUUGGCAAAGUGAAGGAAAUCUGACUUGGUGACUCUGUAAAUCGGAAUAUCUAAUAGCAUAUUGGAACGGCACAGAUUCAAUAUGUUACUUCUAAACGUCAUAAUUUUGUAUGUAAAUCUAAUCUUUCUUAUGCACACUUGUUGGGAUAUGUAAUUUGGCGGUGAUCUCUACUUGCCACAUUGUGUUUGUUAGUCGUUGUGAAAUCUGUGAUGAACACUGUAUGAAAAUUGGUGCUCAUUUUGUCACAUGGUAUUCUUCAAGGCCCACACAAGCUUGACCUACACUACUGUUUGACUGGCACAACCGUUGUUGCUUAGGAGCAUCGCACAGUUUCCACUGGAGACCGGCACAUAUAAAUACCUGCUGCAAAGCUUUCAUUGUAAAUGUCAAAUAUUUAGUUUUGUUCUGUUUUUAUUUAUCUUUUGAAAUAAAACUUUUUUUUAGAUAAAGGUCUGUGUCAUUUGGAAACCGGUUCAGGUGUGCACUCUGUAAGAAACAUACCACACCUCAAUUUUUCAAUUUUAAGAAUUGUGGAAAAGAAAUGUUAUACUGUAUAUUAUAGUAUUGAUGCAUUUAACAUGUUCGCAUAAUGAGGUAGU